UUUGAAGACGACCCAAAAGCCACAACGGUCGUGCCUCGGUACUCGACACUUUCUUGAUACCUUCCAUUCAGCACUUCAGCUGAAUUCCGCUCCACCUGCUGCCUACGCUUAUCUUCAUACUCAUCGCGCCAUGGCGGAGAAAAUGCCAAAGCCUAUUUCGACCGCAGAGAAGGAUACCAAUGGUAACGCGAAGACUCAGAAGGAGCCUGUCGUAGCAAGCACACCUCCAGGUCCUCCAGAUGGCGGCACCAAAGCAUGGCUAGCUGUCUUUGCAGCAUGUCUAUCCUUCUUGAUCGCAUGGGGCCCUUCUACCGGUUUUGGUGCAUUCCAGGAGCAUUAUAUUGACCAACUUCUGUCAUCUCACUCGGCCUCCGACAUAUCCUGGAUUGGAACCGUCAACGCUUUUUUUCUCAUUAGCACAGGGGUGGUGGCUGGCCCUCUAUUUGACCGCGGCUAUCUGCUUCACUUAAUGGCACUCGGCCACUUAAUGGUGAUAUUUGGCAUGAUGAUGGUAAGCCUGGCAGUUGAGUACUACCAGAUUAUGCUGGCUUUCGGAUUCUGUGUUGGAAUAGGGUCAGGUCUACUCUAUGUACCAGCUAUUGCGCUUGUAAACACGACAUUCUCAACAAAGCGCGCGUUAGCCAUGGGAUUUGUCACUUGUGGAGCCAGUGUUGGUGGUGUGAUAUUCCCAAUCAUCUUCAUUCGCUUGCAACCUCGAAUCGGAUAUCCAUGGACAAUGCGAGUCCUGGCGUUUCUGCAACUUGCUUGCUCUUGUAUAGCUAUGCCAAUACUUCUUUGCAUACCGAGACCUCCAAAGCCCGCGUCUCCACGUCGCAUCAUACACUGGCACGCCAUGAAAGAGAAGACUUUCAGUGCCUACUGCGUGGCCAACUUUCUCAUAUUCAUGGCCUACUUCGUGCCAUUGUUCUAUGUCCCAUACUUCGCUUCCACGAUAUUAGGAACAGACAGAGAUUUCGGGUUCUACGUGCUGGCUGCGUUGAACGGCGCGUCUGGCUUUGGUCGCUUGGGCUCGGCCAUUGUUGCCCAGAAGCUGGGUGCUCAGAAUGUUCUCUUGUUCAGCGUGGUAGCCUCUACGAUUCUCAUAUUUGGGUGGACUGGUAUUCGGAGUCUGGGCUCCUUUUUUGCCUUCGCCGUCUUACUCGGCUUCUUUUCUGGAAUCUUGAUCUCGUCCAAUCCCGUUGUGGUCGCCCAUCCGGUGGUUUCGCCAACGCCGAGUGUGAUUGGUACACGCCUCGGCAUGCAGUGGUUUGCGACCAGCUUAGGCGUGCUUAUUGGAGCACCCAUCGCAGGCGCAAUCGUAACGACCAUAAACGCCGAUUCUUUCAUUAACCUAGCUGUCUACAGUGGGGUUGUGAUGGCCGUAGGCUGCGCGUUCUUACUUGUGCCUUUGAACGCCGUAUGGAAGCAUGAUAAGAGAAGGAGACAGGAUGCUAGUUAG